GAAGGGGGAUGCUGAUUUGUACAUUUCUGAACGAGUUGAAACGCCAACGUACGAAAUCGACAGUUACUGCCUUCACUCUGCUACUUGCGGUGUAGAUGUCAUCGAUAUUCCGUCAAGCUUUGCUCGACCAGUAGGAAUUGGGGUUUACGGCCAUCCAUCACAUGAUGAAAGUGAUUUCAUUCUUGAAGUAAAGCUUACAGAAGAUCAAUAUGAACACUCAUCACCUGCAAAUGAAAGAGAUGAAAGCCAAAAAGAACACAUAUUAGAAGAGGAUUUAGAAGAAGAAGACGAAGAUAGGCCUUACUACAUUUCCACAUUUUUACUGACAUUUAUUGACGUAGUGCUUGAUAUAUUUUUGCUAUGACAGAAAUGUUGGAAUUCGAAAAUCAAAUGCUUCUUGAUGUUAUAACUGGGAAUAACCUUCUCAUCGCAGCCAAAGGGCUAAGCAUCGAAACUGUUAUAUUAAAUUUAAUCAAAGUGUACUGUGAUCCUGGAAAUUUAGUCUUGAUACUUGGAGCUACUGUAGAUGAGGAACAGCAUUACAUUUCCCAGCUAGAAAGCAUGGGUGUAAAUCCUUUACCUAAGGUUAUAUCUUCAGAUAAUUUAUCAGGGAACAGGGAAGAACUUUAUCUCUCUGGUGGUGUAUAUUUCAUAUCCUCGCGCAUACUAGUUGUCGAUUUUCUUAAGAAACGUUUACCAGUGCCUAACAUCACCGGCAUGAUGGUACUCAGAGCACACAAAAUAUUAGAAAAGGCACAGGAUGCUUUUGCAUUGCGGUUAUACAGGCAGAAAAAUCAUACCGGUUUCAUAAGUGCUUUCUCACGAUCACCACAAACUUUCUCAUCAGGUUUAAUGAAGCUCGAACGUAUAAUGAAAUCUCUAUUUGUAAACAAUUUAAUUCUUUGGCCAAGGUUUCAUGCCACCAUCACAAUGUCUUUGAAGGAACAUCAGCCUGAAGUAAUAGAAUUACACAUAGACAUGACCCAUUCGAUGAAAACGAUACAAGCAUCUGUUCUUGAUUGUGUUGACUUUUGUAUAAAAGAAAUUAAAAGAGUCAACCCGAUGAUUGAAACAGACGAAAUAACGGUGGAGAACGCCCUGUCUAAAAGUUUUUACAAACUACUUCAAAUUCGACUGGAUCCGAUUUGGAACCAGCUUAGUGGAAGGACUAAGCAGUUGAUCGCUGAUUUAAAAACUCUAAGAUCAAUUUUAGGCUAUUUAACCCAGUCGGAUUGCAUUCGUUUAUAUAAUUUUCUCUCAACCCUUCGUACCAAGGAAUACACCAUGAAAUCAGGUGGCUGGAUGAUUCUCGAUUCAGCUGAAGCAAUUUUCGUCACCGCAAAAAGUCGCAUAUACGAUUCUAAACAAUGUCUAAAGCCAGAACACAAUCCAAAAUGGAGGACGUUGAAUGAGGUGUUAUUAGAAGUUCAGAACCACGAUAAAGUGUCGAAUAACCAUUCGACCGUUUUAGUUCUUGUAGAAUCGCCAUCAACUGUCAAACAGCUUAAACAAGUAUUAACAAUGGGGCCUGAUGAUAUGCUCAAUUAUUGGUAUUAUCGUUUAAUUGGAGAAAAAUCUGGUAGUAAAGAUAGUAAAGAGGAUAACAGUGAAAACGAUGAAGAAGAUGAUUAUUUGAAUGAUGUUGAAACUAUAACGCUAACACAAAAAGUCGAUUCUGAGUGUGACGGCAACACUACUUUUACCGAAUGUCCUGAGUCUGAAAUUGAAGAAAUUCAGGAUCCCGUUAUAGUUAUACAGCAGUUUAAGAAAGAUCAGGAUGGUUUAUUUUUACCUAAAACAUUAAAAAGGCUCAAACCAACUGCUAUAGUUAUGUACGAUACUGACAUAAGUGCCAUUCGACAAAUUGAAAUUUAUCAAAGGGCUUUUUCUGAAAAACAAAUCAAGGUGUACUUUUUAAUGUAUGAUGAGUCUGUCGAUGAACAGACAUACCUGAGCGGUUUGAGAAAAGAGAAAAUGGCUUUUGAGAAACUAAUUUCAGAAAAAUCGACUCUUGUCAUAGAAGAAUUACUACCCGGGGAAGGUAUACAAACUUUGAGCCCAGUUAAGAAAAGUACGAGGGAAGGAGGGGCACAGCCCGUUAUAGUCACCCCUAGGAUUAUAGUCGACAUGAGAGAAUUUAGAAGUGAAUUGCCUUCAUUACUGCACAAAAGGGGAAUUGAUAUUGAACCAGUAACAUUGCAGAUUGGCGAUUACAUUUUAACACCUGAGAUGUGCGUGGAACGAAAAAGUGUGAACGAUUUAAUUGGUUCCUUAAAUUCGGGUCGGCUCUAUACACAAGCGCUCGCCAUGACCAGGCAUUAUGCAAAACCGAUUCUUUUGAUAGAAUUUGAUGAAAACAAACCAUUUGGAUUACAGGGUCGAUAUUUUUUAAGUAAUGAUAUGUCUUCGAAUGAUAUUCAAUCGAAACUUCUUUUACUUACACUCCACUUUCCUCGGCUUAGAAUAGUGUGGUCACCGAACCCGUUUUCCUCUGCUCAACUGUUUCACGAAUUGAAGGAAGGUAAAGAGGAGCCCUGCUCAACUACUGCAGCAUCGAUAGGUGUUGAAGAUGCUCCUCUUGAAGAUGAACGUCUCGAUAAAUACAAUAUUGGUAUUCAGGACUUUGUCGCAAAAUUACCAGGGGUUAAUUCAAAAAAUAUAAACCAACUGUUAAAUAAAGGAAAGUCUCUCUCUCAUCUUUUAACACUAUCGAAGGAGGAAAUAUUUGAAAUAUUAGGGAAUAAAGUAAAUUCCGAGUUAAUUUACAACGCUCUCCAUAAGCCUGUCAAACCUAACGUCGAUGGUGGAUCUACGAACAAUUUCAGAGCGAAAGGAAAAGGGAGGCCUUUCAGAAUACGAGCUCAUCCUUAAAAAGGAAGCCAAAUUUCGAGGCCAACAUAAAUUUAAUGUUAAUCAAUAUUGAAUUUUCACCAAAAAUAUUUUUUUUUUUUUUACAAAAGUUAAGUAAUUUAUAUGAACAAUUUAUUGUGAUAUUCUUACUGUAAUAUCAUCAUUGUAACUAAUUAAUUAUAAUUAUUUAAAAAAAAUUUUUUUUUCGUAUAAUUUAGUUGAUGUGUUAUUAUUUGUAUAACUGUGUUAUAUUAAUUUUUAGAGUUGUUACUUUGUAAAAAUUAUCAUAAUCGUGUUACUUGAUCAUAAUGUAUGAUUCUAUCAAGAGAACAAUUUUCUGAACGGGGCAGAUAAAAAAAACUGUAUAUUCGUAUUUUUCCCUGAAUAAAAUUUUGGUGAAUAAAAAAGUUAAAA